CUUUUUUUCCCGCAUUCUUGUCAAUUGACAUCGAUAUCCGCCCAGUCUAACCGCCGACAUGCGGCUUGCCUAUCUUUCCCAACUCGGCCUGAUCGCCCUGGGCCUGCUGCCCACCACCUUGGCCGCCGAUACCCUGAGUACCGAUGGCGCCUCCACCUGCCUGACGGGCGCCCAGAUCCAGGUCCAAAAGUUGCACAUCACCUACUCCCGCUCCACCAGAGAAGUCGUCUUCGACGUGAGCGGCACCAAUGCAAAGGAACAGAAUGUCACCGCCGCCUUAUCCGUCACCGCGUACGGCAAGGAAGUCUACAACAAGGAAUUCGAUCCCUGCAGCGCCGACAACCACAUCGAUCAACUUUGCCCAGUUCCGUCGGGCACCUUUUCCGCCAGAGGGACCCAAGAGAUUCCCGAGGACUUCGCCAAACAGAUCCCGUCCAUCGCGUUCGCCAUCCCCGACCUGGACGGCCAAGCGAAACUCCAACUGAAAUCCAAAGACGGUGGCAAGGAGAUCGCCUGCAUCACCUCCGAACUGACCAACGGUAAAUCCAUGAAGAUCCCCGGCGUCUCCUACGCGGCCGCCGGCGUGGCCGGCGCGGCUCUGGCGUUGAGCGGGCUCUCCGCUCUGGGCACCGCCGGUCACCCGGGCGCGCACUCCACCAGUCCCGGCUUUGGCGAGGUCAUGGGGUGGUUCCAUACCAUGGCCACCAACGGCAUGCUCAGCGUCAGCUACCCCGCCGUCUACCGCAGUUUUUCCAAGAACUUCGCCUUCAGCACCGGCCUGAUCCCGUGGGGCCAGAUGCAACAGUCCAUCGACAACUUUCGCCAGACCACCGGCGGCAACCUGACCGGCAACAGCUACGAGUUCCUCCGCGACGCCAAACUCGUCUACUCGAACUCAUCCGACUCGGACUCGGGCACCAAGGCCAAGCGGGGGUGGACCCUGGUCGUCGGCGCCCUGGACUUGGCCACGCGCGAACUGUCCACCUCGGCGGAUUCGGACCCGUCGGCCGGAGAGGGGGGCGGCGACGGCGACACGGGGGGUCUGAAACACUUCGUCUCGGGCAUGGAGGCCUACGCGGAGCAGCUGACGAUCCCCGAGGCCAACACCUUCAUGACCGUCUUGGUGAUCUUUGCCAUUGUCAUUGCCGUGAUCACCGUGGGGAUUCUACUCUUCAAGGUCAUCCUGGAGGCGUGGGCGCUCUACGGCUCCUUCCCGCAGAAACUCACCGGGUUCCGCAAAGACUACUGGGGACUGUUGGGUCGUACCGUCACCAAUCUGAUUCUCGUCCUCUACGGGAUCUGGGUCCUCUACUGUGUCUACCAGCUGAGUAGCGGGGACUCCUGGGCGGCCAAAGUGCUGGCCGCGGUCACCCUCGCCAUCUUCACCGCCGUGCUGUGCUUCUUUGCCUGGAAGAUCACCUACCUGGCCCGCAAGUACAAGAAGUCGGAAGGCGAUGCGUCGAGCCUAUACGAAGAUCGGGAGACCUGGAAGAAGUACAGCCUCUUCUACGACAACUACAAGAAAGACUACUGGUGGCUGUUCGUCCCCGCCAUCGUGUACAUGUUUGCCAAGGGCUGCAUUAUCGCGGGGGGCAACGGCCACGGACUGGUUCAGUCGGUCGGGCAGCUGAUCGUGGAGGCGCUCAUGCUGACCCUCCUGCUGUGGCACCGGCCGUACGUCGCCAAGUCCACGCAGUGGAUCAACAUCAGCAUCCAGGUCGUGCGUGUCUUGUCGGUCGUUUGUGUCUUGGUGUUUGUCGAGGAGCUGGGACUGUCCCAGACCACCAAAACCGUCACGGGGAUCGUCUUGAUCGCCGUCCAAUCGGCGUUGACCGGUAUUCUGGCCAUCCUCAUCGCCACCAACGCCAUCAUUCUCUGCUGCCGCGAGAACCCCCACGCGAGGCGCAGAAAGGAAGCCGAGAAAAAUGGUCGGGACAUUGACGAUCUGACCCCUCUCGACGCGCGGGAGUCGCUGCUGAUGGAGAACCCACCCCGGAAGGAGUACGCCGAGAUGAGCCAUUUCAACUUUACGGGGCCGUACGCGCCCUACCGGGACCAGCACGAUUCGAAGUCGGGGCAUGAUCGCACGCGGAGCACCGAUCGACUGGUCGGACCGGACUACGCCAUGGAGACCCGCCACGCUCGAAACAUGAGUCGGGACAGUCGACAAUCGCGGGAGAGCUCUCCCGAUGGCCGCCCGGCCACGAAACCCGGCUACGGGUUUGCGUAUUAGACCACCAGGUCGACGGACGGUCACGAGGAAUGUAAAAAUACCCUAUUGGCAUGUCUGCCCUGUUUCUUGAUCUGUUUCUUUGAUCUGUUGGAGGCGUCCAGACAUUUGUCAAGCAUUUUAAAUAGCAUUAGCAUGUUUUCACUCUUUUUCUCCUUUUGACAGUAAUGAGCGGUGUCUUCCUUUCUGACAGUAUCCCGAGGGGCCGUGCCUUUCGUCCAGCAUAUAUCUGCAUUCAUCCUUAGCUCUAGCCUUAGCGAUAUCAUCUAAUCCUCUAUGGAUAGAGUAGCCCAUCUACAGCAUUCGUUUUGCUUUAGGGUCAUGAUCCGUAAUAUGCAUGUACCUAGGUAGGUUUCUACCAAGGCAUGCAAAAACCACCAUCUACCGAAUUACAAGCACG